UUGAGGUUAAGAGAUAUGUCAUGUAUACCAUGCCGAUGGCAAUACUUGAAUAUUGGUUAUAUAUACAUAGCUAUUUUUUAAAUAUAAGUUAAAUUAAGUGUAAUAAUCAAUAUAUAAAUUUGCUAAUGUUAUAUGGAGUUCUCUGAUGACAGUUUUAUUUGGUCUGAUGCUUCUAACGACUCUGAUACUAUGGAUUUUGACAUAAAACAAGAAGAGAGUGACAAUAAUAAAGACGACAAUUUAGUUGAAGAUAGAUCACAUAAACAAAAAAACAAGGCGAAGAAAAGGAAAUAUGAGGAACCAGCUGAACUUAAUGGAACUGUCGAUAGAAAACCAAAGGUUAUAAAAUCUGAACCAGAUAGUGAUUUUGAUACACCAAGAAAAAAGAAGAAGAAAAAGCAUCAUAACCACAAUGAAGAGAUACAGGAAUCAGAUUUUGAUGACAGUUAUCUUAAUUACAAAGUAAAGCAAGAACAAGUUUCAUUUCUGGAACCUGCUCCAGUUAAAUCUAAAAAAAAAAAGAAAGUUAAAAAGAAUUCAGAAUCAUUUAGUUCUGAAGAUUUAGAUAACACAAGUCAAGAAGUAGAUGCAGAUACUCCUAAGCCUACUGAAGGUUCUCAAAUUGAUGAUAAAUCAAUAACCCUCGGAGAAGAAGUUGUAGAAAAGAAAAAAAAGAAAAAAAGUAAAAAAGAAUCAAGUGACACUAUUGCGUUAAAUGAUGAUUUUGAAAUAUCUGAUGAAAAUUUCCAAGCAAAGAAGAAAUUAAAAAGAAAAAAACGUGAUACGGUAAUUAAUAGCAACAGUUUCGAUAGAAGUGAAGAUUUACAGAUAGAAGAAAUAAGCUGUAUUAAUAAUUCAGCAUUAAAUAAUAAUUUCAUAGAUGAUGACCAGAUCAAAGAAACCAAUGGUGAUUUAAAUUUUGAAUCAACAAAGAUAGAAUUAAAUACAGAUAAAUCACUUACUUCUAACAAUAAACCAUCAAAACAGGUUCCUAAAAUAUUAGAGAGAUUGAAAUUUGAAGAUGAAGAUAGUAUAGAUUCAGUGCCUAAAGAAAAUGAUGAUGAAACAAACUUGUCAAAACAUCUAAGAAGUUUUUUUAAUGCCAACAAAAAAUUAUCUUUAAUUACACCUAAAGCUCAAGCAGAGUCUGUUAUUACAGAAGAUGAUGAAAUAUGGAUCAUCAAUGGCCCUCAUGAAUUAAAUGUUAAAGAUUUUAAAGGUAUUCAUAUAAAAUUAGACUCAAAAUGUAAGCUGAAAUUUAAUGGACAAUCUUAUGAUUCCAUUAUUGAUAAUUGUAUAACGAAAGCCCCUAUUAUGUCACUUAACAAAAAUAAAUUAUUUGUAAAAAAUGUUCCGAUAAAUUAUUCAAUUAAUUUACGAAAAAGAAUACCUAAGGCACAUAUUCCAGAAGAGAAUGUAAUGGUCAAUAAUCAGAUAAACUUUAUUCCUUUACCGGAAACAAAAUGCCGACAUCCUCUAUUUGGAAUAAAUUAUAAAAAGGCUACCAAGAUUUCAGCAUCAAUUAAUGAGCGCUUAAACAAUACUGUAACAGAACCAUCAAAUAAGGAGAAGAGAAAGAAACAUAAAAAAGAAAAGAGAAAAGUUGAAAUUGAAUCAGAAGCUGAAACAAAACCUGAAACUAUCCCUGUUAUUUCAGCUAAAAAGAAACGUAAAAGAAAAUCUAGUAUGAAAGAUGAACAUGUAGCAAAAAAAGCAAAGUAUAUAAAGAAUGAACUAGAUUCCACUGACGUUUGGGACUCGGAACAAGCUAUAGAAAAAAAUCUUUUUGAUUUUUGAUAUUUUUAUUAAUUAACAUUAAAAGAAAGAAACUGA